AAAAGGGGGCGUGGAGUUGGCUGCUAGCAGUUAGCUACUGCUGCGCUAUCACCUGGGAUCUCGUCCAUUCUUGUUGGCGCCCUGCAGAAACGAAAAAGCGACAUUAUAGACCGCACAAUACUCGCUACAAAGGCGCCUUUAAGUCCGUGAGCCGUGGUCGUUUUUUCAGGAUAACAGACGGGAACUAUCAGUAAAAUGGAGGUUCGGCCUCUCUCUCUGGACACGGCAUUGUGACCAUUGGCGUUAAUGCUAACUUGGCUAGUUACCUCAUUGGGCUAGGUUGGCAGUAGUUGACUGAAACGAUUGCUAGCGAGCAAGCAGCGGAUUAUCACUAAUAUUAAGCAGCUGCGCUGCCUUAACUGGAUGGUGAAAGUUAUGUUUUGAGGAUAACUUACCAACAGCGUCUUCUCUCUCACGUUAGAAUUGUGGUGAACGUUGAUUUUGCACCUAAAGGAAGCAGAUGGCUAGAGUGGCUAACGUUAGCCAAGUUAGCUAAACGCUAUAAUGCAGGAGUAGUGUAGUCGAGUUUCAGUCGCCGACCACUGCUGCCUUGCUCCAGCAGACUAACGGCUCGGCAGUGUACAGCUACCGGGCACUGUGCGGUAUGUAGCUAUGGCAUGCUAACCAUCCAUCUGAAAAGUUGGUGAUUAAUCAUAAGAUGAAGAAUGUUGUUGAAACUUGUGUCUGACCACACAGUCGUUGUAUUGUAGUGUUAGCAUGGUUGUGAUGAACAGCCUGUGUUGGGCCUUGCAGCUGACUGUGGCUUAUCUACAUCACGUCUGUUAGUGUGCCUCACGUCUGCUCAGUUGCCUGAUUCAUGGCGUUUCUUUAAAACGUAUAUAGUUAGCGAAGUUUGCAGCGCAAAUAUGUGACGGAGUUAAGAUAGUUGACCAUCUUUAGGUUUAUGAUUUAGUGACGGGCAGCAGUCAAAAUGAACAACUCGGGAGUCAUGCCCCAAGAAAAGAUGGAGCUGGAUCUGGAAAUCCCAUCCUCGUUAGUUCAGACCGAUGGGCACUUGAGAAGAUCCAACAGUGCACCCAUGAUAAAUGGCUUAAGUGAUAACUCCCAAGUGUUUCAGAGGGAGGUCCUGCGCAGCCGGAGAAAUAGCACUACCGUUGUCAACAGGCCCAACAUGGUCCCAUCGUCGCCCAUUCGCGUCCCCAGCACCAGACUCCAUCAAAUAAAACAAGAAGAGGGUGUGGACGUGAUGAACAGGGAAACUGCUCAUGAGCGGGAGGUUCAAGCUGCCAUGCAGAUGAGCCAGUCCUGGGAAGAAAGUCUUAAUCUGAGUGACAAUGACGUGGAGAAAUCAGUAUCUUCGUCUCCAAAGCGAAUUGACUUUGUACCUGUGUCGCCUGCCCCAUCCCCAACCAGAGGGAUUGGAAAAAAGCAGUGUUUCUCUCCUUCGUUACAAAUCCUUGUGAGCAGCAAUGGUCUAACACCCAGUCCAGUACCCAGCCCAACACGACGCUUCAGCCGAAGGAGUCAAAGCCCAAUCAACUGCAUCAGAGCCAGCAUGCUUGGGCCAAUUAAACGCAAAGGAGAGAUGGAGACCGAGAGUCAACCCAAGAGGCUCUUCCAGGGAACCACCAACAUGUUGUCCUCCGAUGUCUCCAACCUGUCGGAUAUCAGUUCUUGUCACUCUCCAGAUUUACUGGAUGGCAGCCUCAGCAGCGUCAGCUCCUUGACUGACUCCCCAGGCAAAAUGGAGGGAGUGUCCCCCUCCUCGUCCAGCAACUCGCCCUUUACCUCUCUCCAGGACUUGUCCCCAAAAUGAUUAUGGGAGUGCAGAAGAAAUCUGUUUCCUUCCCAGACCCUCCACUUCACCGUCACCUAGACUUAGCUAAAUUUUCCAUGUAUUUGCUUCUGAAUGGCUGUUUUUCGUGGCUUUACUCUGGAGGGUCUAGAUGUUUGAAUUAAGGAAACCAAAGCCAUGGAGGAGGUCUAUGUUGAAGAAGUUGAACCCAGUGAAACUGGGAUAGAAGACACUGAGCAUCAGCUGCUACUAGAGGAUCUUGGAUGGUGCUUGGCUUCAUAGUGUUUUAUAAGUCGCUGUCCUACCAGUUCUCCUCACUGGAGAGACGUUGAGCACUGGACAAAAAAACCCUGACUAUUGGAUGUGUACAUCUUCCCCCAUUUUUGUGCUGGAAGUCAUCUGUCCACAGGACUUUGUAUGUACACAGUCUGCAGAGUUUGUAAGAGAAUCUAACUUAUUAUUUUCCUGUUUUUGUUUGUAAUUAUGUACAUAUGAACAUGUCAAAUGUCGUACAUAUUUUAAGUUUGGCUGUGAGGUUAAUAUGGGCACAGGUCUUCAACAGCAACUGUUAGUACAAUUAUGGAUUUUUUUCUGACUUGUACUGUUGCUGAAGUUAUCAUUUCAGCAGAUCUGAAUAUUUUUGUGAGGCUGAGAAGUGUUUUUUUUUUUUUUUUAUAAAUGGUUUGGGUUAUGUUUGCCCCUCCCCAUGACUUACUGCAAAUUACCUAGUUUGCAGUGAAUGCAUCUAGCAGUGAGCUGGUGGUCUUUCAACACUAACAGUUCCUCUGUAUCCUGUGUUCUUAAUGGGAUAUAUUUUUGUAGAUAAGCAAAGUAUAGACAUGUUUUGUUUUUUUCCCUCUGACAAAAAUGUUUAUUUAUGGAAAAAAAUGUUUAUUAUAAAAUUGGAUGGUGAUAGGUUUCUAUCCCCAGAAAAAAAAAACCCAUUUGUGUUGUAAUUUCCACCAAAUCAGCUGACUGUUGGAAUACGCAGCAAAAACAAAAUGGCACCAUGAUAUUGUAAGUGGAAGACUGCUGUUUCUGCUGUGAUGUUACAUUUAUUAAAAGCUUUUUUGCACAGGA